GGUCGGGCACUUCCGGUGAGGCUCAAGCGGGUUCCGGGUUUCAGUGCGUCGGCGGGGUCUGGAGGGAGCGCUUCCAACAUUUUUGUUUGUAAGGUUCGCCUGGAGAAGUGGCGUUCGUGAAGUGGUGUCCACAAUGUUCUCCUUCAACAUGUUCGAUCACCCAAUUCCCCGGGUCUUUCAGAACCGCUUUUCCACACAGUACCGCUGCUUUUCUGUAUCCAUGCUAGCAGGGCCUAAUGACAGGUCAGAUGUGGAGAAAGGAGGGAAGAUAAUUAUGCCACCCUCAGCCCUCGAUCAACUCAGCCGACUUAAUAUUACUUAUCCAAUGCUGUUCAAACUGACCAAUAAGAAUUCUGACCGCAUGACACACUGUGGUGUGCUGGAGUUUGUUGCUGAUGAAGGCAUUUGCUACCUCCCACACUGGAUGAUGCAGAACUUACUACUGGAAGAAGGAGGCUUGGUUCAGGUGGAGAGUGUCAACCUUCAAGUGGCCACAUACUCUAAAUUCCAGCCUCAGAGCCCAGACUUCCUGGAUAUCACCAAUCCCAAAGCAGUAUUAGAAAAUGCAUUGAGAAACUUUGCCUGUCUAACCACCGGGGAUGUGAUUGCCAUCAACUACAAUGAAAAGAUCUAUGAACUGCGAGUGAUGGAGACCAAACCUGACAAGGCUGUUUCAAUUAUUGAGUGUGACAUGAAUGUGGACUUUGAUGCUCCCCUGGGCUACAAGGAGCCAGAAAGACAGGUGCAGCAUGAGGAAUCAGCAGAAGGUGAAGCUGACCACAGCAGCUAUGUUGGAGAGAUGGGCUUCCGCGCCUUUUCUGGCUCUGGUAAUAGAUUGGAUGGAAAGAAGAAAGGAGUCGAGCCCAGUCCCUCCCCAAUCAAGCCUGGAGACAUUAAAAGAGGAAUUCCCAAUUACGAAUUUAAGCUUGGUAAGAUCACUUUCAUCAGAAAUUCACGACCAUUAGUCAAGAAGGUUGAAGAGGAUGAAGCUGGAGGCAGAUUUGUUGCUUUCUCUGGAGAAGGACAGUCAUUGCGUAAAAAGGGAAGAAAGCCUUAAGUCCAAGACUCCUGGCUGAUUGGAAAAUAAAAUCAGUUGCAACAUACUGGUUUUCAUUACUGGCUCUGACAAGGAUGAGACUAUCUUAAGAAAAUGCUGUUAUUUAAGGUUUGCUUAGAGUUACCUAGGAUUUAUCAAGUUUGACCUGGAGUUGGAACCAAUGGAACUUCAAGAGUGUGGACUCAAUUUGGGGUGGAGAAAGAGCUGUCUUCGAGGUCCUAUAAACAACACCUCCUCUUGCUUCGUGCUUUUAGCUCAAGCGCUCUCCCAUUGCUUCCUCAGAGCAGUUCCCUGAUUCCUAGCAGAAUCAGUGGAGAGGAAUGAACAUACUUUAACUUCAAAUAUUCUUUUUAAUUUUCCUUUUUUCCUGGUUUGGUUACACAGGCAAUGUCUUUAGCUUAGAACAAAAGUGGUUUAAGUCAAUAAGCUCUAUAAACAGUGGCUGUCCCACCAACUCUAGCUGCAAAUUUAGCAUUUGAAAAGGUUCUAUUUUUAUUUUAUAUAAUGACUUGUCUUCAGAAGUACCACUUCUAAUCCAGGCAUGGUAGCUUACACCUUUUAUCCUAGCACUCAGGAGGCUCAGGUAAGAGGAUCCUCAUGAGUUUGAGGCCAGCCUGGGCUACAGAGUGAGUUCCACAUGAGCCUGGACUAGGGCGAGACCCUGCCUCAAAAAGCCAAAAGAAAGAAAGAAAAAAAAAAAAGAAAGAAAGAAAAGAUUACUCCUUAAGAUGAAUACCUAAUCAAAUAUUUCACACUUUAUUUUUAUUUCAUAUGGAAAUAGUUGGCUCCUUAGUGUGAACCUGUUCUGUAAUUAAACAACGCCAUGAUGAAGCCAACUGUGUCAAAUGUGUCAGUGUGAAUACAUGCUAAGUAAAGGUAUGUUCCUCUUUCUCUACCCUCUCCCAUUUUGUAGUUGUAUUAUUAAAGGAUCUGCUGACCUGUC